UUUGCAUUGUUAAUAAGGUGAUAAUUUUUAAUUUUACCCUAUGCCUAUACUUACGCACCAUAGAUUUUGACCAUCAAUGACUUUUGCCAUUUGACUAUAAAUUGAUGCGGUGUUAGAAGUUACAAAUCACUCAGUCUCUAGCUUUCAACGGUCUAGCACUACCAAAAACCCCAAAAAUCUCAACAUGAAAUUCGUCAUUGUUUUCGUUGCCCUUUUCGGUUUGGCUUUGGCCGCUCCACCACAAUCUGCUGCUGACGCUACCGUCCUCCGCUCAGAAUCCGAAGUAGGACCUGAAAGCUACUCAUACGCUGUUGAAACCAGCGAUGGCAAAUCUGCCAGCGAAGACGGUCACUUGGAGAACAUUGGCUCAGAAGAUGAAGCUAUUGCCGUCAAGGGACAAUUCAGCUACGUCGGUGACGAUGGUGUCACUUACUCCGUCAGCUACAUCGCCGACAAGAACGGUUUCCAACCCUCAGGUGCUCAUUUGCCAGUUGCCCCAUCUGCUUAAGUGAUUAUCCUUCCCUCUGAAAUCUUCACCUAAUUAUUGUUGACUCUUUUCUGUUGAGGAUAAGGU